ACCAAGUCCCAAGCGUGGUUCAGAAUUUGAAUCGUUGUUCUUGGUACGAAGGAGAGGAACAUGCCGGUGACGAAUCCGCAUAAUUCCACCGCCGAUCUUCCUUCGGACUCUUCCUCCGCCGCUAAUCGCUCUCACCAGCCGUCUGAUGGAACCAGCAAGGUACUUGGCGGCUGUCAAAUCACCGGCGAGGGAGAUGAAUCGCUUAAUAAGAAGAAGAAGUGUUGUGAGCAAAAGCUGAAAGAAAUGGCUGCUUGUGACAAUUGUAAAGAUGAUUCAGAUUUCAAGAGAGGACUCCAUUACCAUCAGGAACAGCGGAGGAUGAGUUUGACAUCGACUGUGGCGGUGGAUCCUCCUUCAUCUCUCGACGCUCCUCCUCCCACUAGGAGAACCAUUGAUCUCGGCCAUGGAAGUGACCUCAUCUACAUUCAGAGGUUUCUUCCUUUUCAACAAUCUUGGACUUUCUUUGAUUAUCUCGACAACCAUAUUCCUUGGACCAGGCCCACUAUUCGCGUCUUCGGUCGAUCUUGCCUCCAGCCGAGAGAUACAUGUUAUGUUGCGAGCAGCGGAUUGGCCGCGCUUGUGUACAGUGGAUAUCGACCUCAUGCCUAUUCAUGGGAUGAUUUUCCACCGCUCAGGGAGAUUCUGGAUGCUAUUCAGAAAGCGCUUCCUGGAAGCAGAUUCAACAGCUUGCUGUUAAAUAGGUACAAAGGUUGCAAUGACUAUGUUGGUUGGCAUGCAGAUGAUGAAAAGCUUUACGGUCCGACUCCCGAAAUUGCGUCCGUCUCGUUCGGAUGCGAACGUGAUUUCCUGCUGAAGAAAAAGAAACGCGAAGAACCUGCAGAGAAAACAGGAGAUGGUGGUGGAUCGGAGAAGAAGAGGUUAAAGAGAAGCAGGAGAGAGGAUCAACAGAGUUUCACACUGAAGCAUGGAUCGUUGCUGGUGAUGAGGGGAUACACGCAAAGGGACUGGAUUCAUUCUGUGCCAAAGCGUGCAAAAGCAGAGGGCACUCGUAUCAACCUCACCUUCAGGCUUGUUUUGUGAAACCAAGCAUCAUCAUAGGCAAAGUUGUACAACCCCUUUCAUAACGAAAGUACGCGAAAACUAUUGCUAUAACGAUUACAAGCUGUACAUCUGAUCUGAACAAUCCAACACGAUCAUGAUACAUUUGUAGAGUAAGGGGAUGAGGAUGCGUCACUUGAUGUUUCUUAUAUGUAAUAAUAUAUUCUAAAAACUUCCACACCCCAAGUACUAAUGCUAUAUACUAUCUACUUUUAUGCG